AUGUUCCAGUACAUCCAGAAGCAAAUCCAUGACCACUUAGCUGAACGUGGGAUGCGUCAGACUCGCCUUGUGACCAAGGAUGGUCACUGCAACAUUGAGUUUGGGAACAUAAGAUAUCCUAAUCAUAUUGCUUUUCUUAUGGACUUUUGGACAACCUUUGUAGAGAUUCGCUGGCGUUUCGUCUUAUGCUACUUUGUUUUUGCCUUCACUGGUAGCUGGUUUAUCUUUGGCCUGUUAUGGUAUUCGAUUGCGAAAAGUAAUGGGGACCUGCUGGGACAGAAUGCAACAAAUGGUCAGGUCAGAUGUAUAGAAAAUGUAAAUGGACUAACAACUGCUUUCCUUUACUCUCUUGAGACACAGACAACAAUAGGAUAUGGUGGCCGUGCUUUAACUGGGCACUGUAUUGGCACAGUAAUACUGAUCAUUAUUCAGUCCCUCAUAGGAGCCAUUAUAAACUGUUUUAUGUGUGGGCUCAUUUUGGCAAAGAUUUCCCUCCCAAAGAAGAGAGCAAAAACAGUGACUUUCAGUGAAACAGCUGUUAUCUGCCUGAAGAAAAGUAGUCUCUGUCUGCUUAUAAGGGUGGCCAACUUGCGAAAGACUUUACUGAUUGGGAGUCAUAUUUAUGCCAAGCUGCUUAGGACCACUAUUACAUCAGAGGGAGAAACCAUCAUUUUGGAUCAGAUCAGUAUUGACUUUACUGUGGAUGCAGGCAAGGACAAUCUUUUUUUUGUGUGCCCACUCACACUCUGCCAUGUCAUUGACAAGAGCAGUCCUUUUUGUGAAAUGUCAGCAGACACCCUGCACAAAGAGGAGUUUGAGCUGGUGGUGUUCCUUGAUGGCACUGCUGAAUCCACCAGCUCCUCAUGUCAAGUGCGAACCUCUUUCAUUCCAUGUGAGAUCCAGUGGGGUCACAGUUUCCUGCCAAUUGUGUCACGGACUAAAGGGGGGAAGUAUCGCGUGGACUUUUCUAACUUUUCCAAGACAGUGCCAGUGGAAACUCCACACUGUGCCUAUUGCUUCCAAAAUGACAGGCAGCAUCACCAUAGUCAUCAACAGACAAAAGGAGGUAUUGACAACACUGGAUUUGAGGUGAUUGAUAUUGAUGAAUCUACACAUAUUACAAAUAUGUGA